GCAAUUAUGUCAUUCUGCAAGGAACGAAUUGCAGAGUUCAGAUCAAACUCUCUCGACGUGGCCGUCGAGUAUGAGAAACAGGAUCGAAUAUCUGGUAAAGUAUUCAAUUGCACCUCCGCCCAGCAGAGAUUAUUACGGUCUGAAGAUUAUUGAAGACGAGGUAAUUCUGUAUUUAUGGAAAAUUUCUCACGGACCUCAUAAAGCACCGAUCGUAUAUCGUGCCAAGCUUAAUAAAUUAGAUCAAGAAAAAUCUUUGCAGAAUGAAAUACGUCGCGGAUUUGGUAAAUAUUUAUUAAAACACGUGAAAAAUAUUGCUGGAGGAAAUAGAAAUCUUUUAACUUUACCAAAUUCAGUAAUCGGAAAAAUAUCAAAAUAUUUAGAGUUCACAGAUAUACUUAAAUUAUCUUCAUUAUCACAUAUUGCUUAUGAGGUAUUUAAUACUGAUUUAGUUUGGCAGAUACUUUAUACGAGAGAUAAAAAAGCCAAUAUUAGUUUAGAAGGAAAAGAAAAGGUUAUAAUCUAUGGUUGGAAGCAAUUGUAUAAAGAUAAAGAAAUGCAGGCAUCAAUUAAAGAUCGAACGAAUCAUCGAAUUUCGUCAUCGUUUAUAAAUCAUGCAAAAACCAAUAAAUUAUUAAUAAAACCUAUCAGCGAUGCACCAAAAUCUACUUCGAACAAAACGUCAACGACAAAGAAACGUUCAGACUCUUCAAUGAUGGAUCUCGUAACAAUCCCACUUUCCAAAACAAUGUCUGAUACUCGAUUUCGCACGUAUACGAAUAAAAAUGAGAAGCCGUUUCUGCAAAAGAAAGACAUAAAAAAUACUAGUUCUACAUUCAACAUGAAUGAGAAAAAUGUAAAAAAAAAUCUUAUUACGUCAAAAAUGACAACAAAGCAAGAAAUUAAAAGUGUCUCUAAACGUAACAAAAUAUCUGAUAAACAACUAAAUCAAACAAUAAAAUCAAACAAUGAAAAAUGCUCAAAUAAAAUCAAUAACAUCAACAUGAUACCAACGACAUCAACACAAGAAAGAAAUAUAAAAUCAUUCCCAGUUUCAAUACAAAAUUUGCAUAAUAAAACUCAAUCACAAGCAAAGAGCAAACCUAAGAAGAAAGUAAUUGCGACAAAAUCCGAAAUAUUUAACAUUGAUGAAGAGUUGUCCGAGAACCCUUUUAUAGUCAAAUAUGACAAAGUCGAUCUGGCUGAUCUAAUCGAAGCAAGUUUGAAAGAAAUUCGAAGUCCGCGAAGCAUAUUUGAUUACGAUUUCAGUUGUGUAGAACAGUCGAAUAGUACAAAAGACAUUUUAGGUAUUAGAAAUGAAAUUCAGAAUAUUGAUAAAUCGAAACAAUUAAAACUUACCAAAAGUAAUGUCAACACAAAUAAUUUUUCUCACAAAAUAAUUCGGGGUGAUGGAAUUCUGGAGAAGCUUUCGGAGAAAUCUGAAAUGUUUAACGAAGCAUCCAAUGAGUCUCUCGAUAAAAAAUUUUUAUUAAAAGAAGACAAUAAACCUAUACUUUCUGAGAAGUAUAUGAAAGCCCGGAAAGAACUUCAAAAAUCUUUAGAAUGGAAUCGAAGUGAUCCAGUAUCUUCUCAAGAUCAAUGGGAUCCAGAUAUAAAUUUUCAAAAUAAGUCCUGUAUAAGUCCCAGGAAGGUUGUUAAUAAUAAUGAGAAAUCCCCUAUUCCUAAAAGACCAUUGAAAACUUCUUUUCUAAAAGCAUACCCUUCGAACGGUUUAGAGAAAGGAAUGAAAUUCUAA